UAUGCCUAUGUAAACAUGACUUUACCUUAUGUCAAUUCAAAUCUUUGGUUUGGUGAUAAAAAUUGUAAACAAAAGACGUAAAAAUGACAGAUACGUUCAAAGUGAAUAUUAAAAUUCGAAGAUUUGAUCUUAACGACAAGCCGGAAUUUGAGGUGAAGCAAAUCGAUAUCAAUCCGAAUCUCGAUUACAAUUCCUUGAGGCAGUUUCUAUACAGUUACUUUGGUUUAAAGGAAGAGGAUGAUAAAGUGAUCAAAAUACGUAAUCAAAAUCUAAUUCUGGUUCCUUUGACCAAUUUAACAGAGGUGAAUUCAUCAGAUAAUUUUUUCAUUAUCGACAUUGCGAAAAUACAAGACACAACACGAUCGACUGUUAAUUUGCAAGAUGCGUAUUUAGAUGCAGUGCGACAAAAAAUAAAAAAUAUGGAAAGUCGUGUUGCGAAAGUGGAAUCGUUAAUGCCACAGAUACAAUUGCGAAGGCAGGCUCACAUGGAGGAAACCGUACAAAACAUGAGCACACGAGUGGCGUUUUUGAAUAAACGUAUAGACGACCUUACGCCACCGCAAUGGAAGUCAAAGAUGCCAGUAACGAUUUCAUAAAUUAUGUUAUAAUAAUGAGGCAGCUAUUAUACUGAUCUGGAGUAAAAAUUUCGUGUUAGUAGUAGAAUAAUGCUUAACCCUCGGCUUAACCAUUAAGUACAGAUGUGUUUACCCACUUGUUGAAUGUAAGCAAUGUACCAAGCACAAUUAUACCAAAUCUAUUAAUACAUUAAAGAGAAAAGUCCACUUAC